AUGUCCCUCCGUCAGUAUCUCAUCAAGCCCAUGGAGAUCGAUGCCACCAAUGGCCAUGACCAUACCCACACCGUCGUCUUCCUCCACCGCUUCCCGGAGUCCACCACCGAAGAGGAGCUUUGUCGCAAAGUACUAUCAGAGAAGCUCACCAUGAACCACAAGACCCUCCGCGAACAGUUUCCCUCGGUCCGCUGGGUCUUCCCCUAUGCCAAAGCCCAUGCGCGUCCCUGGAACAAUCUGUCACCCGAAGACAGAGCCGCAGUCGGCAUGAACAUGGGCCGUCUCCCCUACAUUACCCAAAUCAUACUUCAAGAGUCAGAUAAAGUCGGUGGUCUCGAUCGUAUCAUCCUCGGCGGAAUGGGGGAAACUGCCGAGGCAGCUCACGAAGCCAUGACGUCCUUUCCCGAGUGUAAGAUGGACGCCUACGACGACAUUGAUGAAACGACAUUGUUCCUUCAAAAGACAUUCCACACCCGUUGGACGAGUCUCGAACAACUGAAGCUUGCUGGCUUCGUCGGCAUGCACACCCAGGACCCCGAGAUGACCCGCGAUGUCAAAAGCAGGGCCAUCUUGUCAAAAGAGGCAUCUACCACCAAGAAGAUCAACGCCACCCUCGUCGCGCAAACACCACACAGAUUCAUCAACGGCGGGUACAAGGUCCAAACCAAGACGUGGGAUGGCAAGCGCAUCGACGACUUUGCCGACUUCCUCGUUGCCAUCGGCGUAGUGCGCAGCCGUGAUGCCCAGAAGAGGAGCAACGAGACCCUCAUUCCCAAGGAGCGCGCUCCGGUCAAGAAGUGGGAUCCCCGGGACACCCUCAGCGACGCGCAGAAAUACGCUCAAGAGAUCCUGGAACAGAAGAAGGAAGAGGCAGAGAUCAAGCAAAAGCUACUCAUGCGCAUUGAAGCUGACAAGGUGGAGCGCAAGAUUAUCCAGGCGCGUGAGAAGGCGAGGCGAGGCACACUCAACAGCAAGAAUUACUGGCUGAAGCCCGAGGACUCCGUCAACGUUCUCGGCGGUCACGGCCGCCGCGACAAUCUUCCUGGGGAAGAGGCCCAGGCACAUAAUCCUUCGUUCCACGAGUCAAACCUGCCUGGCAUUGAGCCAUCCAGCAGUGAAGCUCUCGUCUCCGACCAAGCUUUUGGCGAGGUCGUUCCCAUACGAACAUGA